GUGUGCACUCAGAUACAGCAGCAGAGAGAUCAGUGAGAUCAGUGUCUACUGCAGUGUCAAGCAAGCUUAGGGUUACGACCAAGCACUGGUACUUUCCACCUGCUAACAAUAACAUUGGGAUCAUUCAAAAUUCUGUGGGCACAUCAUGGGAAACUGCACUUCUGGGAUAAAGAAGAAAAGGAAAGGGAAUUCUGCACCAGAUGGAAAAAGCAGCACAGAUAACAAGCCUAACGAGGAUGUAACGUAUGCCUCUAUAGACCACAGCUCCGCCAGAGGAACAAAUAGAACCAGAGCUACAACUGACGAUGAUUGUGACUAUGCUACGGUUCAUAUCCCAGCAGCCCUUCAACCUGAAACUGUGUCUGAGUGCUCAUCUAAAGACGAAUGUGCAGACGAUUAUGUGCUCAUGGGGUAAAGUGAAACGAGAAGUUGAUUCUGGCUAUUGCAAGAUGCAGAACUCGUAGAUAAUAUCACAAACAGGAGAAUGUUUCUGUUAAUUAAAUCUUGAUCUUCAAUGAAGACACUGUGAUAAAAUGAAGAAAAAAAACAUUCACAGUAAACAGCAGCUGGUUGUGGAGCCCCCCAAGAUGUUUUGCCUCACCUUUGAGGUAACCUUAAGGCUGAACACAACUGUGAUGUCCCUUCCUCGAGAAGACAAAGUUGCGUCCCAUUUGACCUCUUUAUAGAAGGAACUCAACCUCAGGAGUAGAAGUUGUAGUUCUUCAGUCUGAAAUGAAGCGUCAUGACAUUAGCACAUUAUCUGGAAUCAGUCAGAGAACACUGGAGCUUCUCACAUACACCAUAAUAGUUACACCAUGACCUGAAUGACACUCUCUUAUUAUUGCAUAUUUAACAUAAUUUUGUUGGCAUACACUUUUGUUUGCAGUAAAAUGUGUCAACAAAAUUGGGGUAGUAGGUGUAUGUGUACGCUACAAAUAGAUUCCUGAAACGUUGUGGCAUUGGCACAGUAUCUGGAAGUAGUAGACUAAAUGCAAUGAAACUUAACUCUCCAAAACUCAUACAUAAUUUUUUACCCACUCAUGUAAGAUAUUUUAUCGGUUUCGAACAUCUCCAAAACAGUGAACCCAGAAGCUUCUGACAAACAAUUGUUAGUUACAACAUGAUGUGAAUGACUGAGCAUCCAUGUUAAAGCAACCAUCCAUUGUUUUUUUUAAUUGCUCUUCAAAAUUGGUGUAUUCGGUGUGUUACUUUCAUUUUUCAAGGAGUGUGUGUGUGCUAUAAAAGUGGGAGAUAUUUUUAUUGAUAAAAAGUUAACACUUUGUUUAUUAUUCUAUUGUAUUGCUCAACUGCAUCACUAAAAACAUUUCCAAGAA